AUUUGGAACGCAGCCAAUUACGUGGUGUAAUGUCAAGUUGUCAAUCGAUGCGUUUGCGAAUUUCUGGGUAUUUUUGUAGAAUCUUUUGAAAAUUAUUCAUGAAAACAUGUUCAUUUCGCCACUUAUCGUUACCAUACUGUUAACUAUAAUAAAUGGAAUUCUUUCGAAAAGUGUUGAGCUAACAUUUGAACUGCCUGAUAGUGCAGAAGAAUGUUUUUAUCAAGAAAUAGAGAAAAACACUUCAGCCGCCUUGGAAUACCAGGUAAUUACUGGAGGCCAGUAUGAUGUGGACGUUAAAAUCGAAGGACCAAAUAGGCAAAUUAUUUAUCAACAACAAAAAAUGCAGUAUGAUUCACAUCAGUUUACUGCACAGAGCACAGGUGUAUAUAAGGUAUGCUUUAGUAAUGAAUUCAGCACAUUUUCGCACAAACUUGUGUACAUGGAGCUGAAUGUGGGCCCAGAAGAACCUUUGCCUGGAAUUGGAGAACAUGCCACAGUUCUCACACAGAUGGAAACUUCAGCAGAAGAAGUCCAUUCUGCCCUUAAUAGAAUUAUUGACCACCAAACACACCACAGGUUAAGAGAAGCACAAGGUAGAAAACGGGCUGAAGAUUUAAAUGAAAGAGUAUUCUGGUGGUCUAUGGGAGAAACCCUGGCUAUUCUGGUUGUAGCAUUUGGACAAGUUAUGAUACUAAAGAAUUUCUUUAGUGACCGACCCACUUUGUACAAUCGAAUGUAAAAUAGUGCUUAUAAUAGUUUAUUUAUUAAAACAUUCUUGGGUUAUUAUAAAA